AUGUUCUCCCUGGAUUGGAGGGGACUCAUCCUCCCUAUCGCUUACAUACUGGUUUUGGGCGGGACCUUUAUUACAUUUUCAAGCGUAUACAGGAAGCGCAAGGCUGCACAAAAAGCAAACCUCGAGCCAUGGUUCGGCCCACACUUGCAACGAAAUGUCUACCUAUCGCUACUCCAUCUAGAGCCUGAGGAGGGCCAAGAAAAGGCCCCUCAAGUCCCCCAGAGUAUCCUCCGGGCCGCCCUCAUCCGCCGCGCAGUCGAGGACAUCCACCGUAUCAUCCAGAUCCGCACGGCUAAGCAGGCAUGCUCGACUUUGCUGCAGAGAGGAAGCGUUGGCGAUGACUUGUGGCAGAGGUUCACGCGCGCUGAAGGCGAGAUGGAGGCUGAGCUGCGCGACGUAGUUAUGGAGGCCAAUGGUCUCGCGCCCAACUGGGGCCAGAGUAUCUUCCAGACCGCGAACGAGAUUGCCGCAAACACGAUGUUCCAGAAGAAGCUCGAGGAGAUAACCGCCAGGACAGACGCCGAGAAGGAGUGGUGGGAGAAGCGCCGCGCCGCCAUCUCUUCCGAUUUCAUGAAGGAGCUCGACGAGGAUGGCGAAAAGUCGCAGGCCACGGCCCCGAGCGACGACGGCAUCCUGGUCGACGCGGGCACACCGGGCGAGGGCACAGGAGCUUCCAAGAAGAAGAAGGGGAAGAAAUAG